AUGGCUGUCUCUCUGCCUGCGUUCAUGACAAAUUUCGCCCCCUACCACAUCAUCUCAUACGCGACCCUGCUCGGCACAUCACUUUUCCAAACCUUUAUUAAUACUAAGGUCUGCCACAGCGAGCUUCCAAAGUCCGCCUUCACGACAUUGCAAAAACGCCUCUUCCCUGUUUACUUCCGAUGCCAGGCAGCUCUCUUAGUAUUGACCGCCAUCACAUUCCCUCCGUAUGGCCCGCCAUCUUUGCUUAGGGAAAAGCGCGACUGGAUCCCUUUUGCAAUUAUUGGUCUCACAACUAUGGCAAACCUCUUCAUAUACGGACCGAAGACAAGACAGGCCAUGAUCGACCGCAUUCAUCAAGAAACUCGCGAUGCAAAGCGACCGGAUGCUGUGGACGAGCCAAGCCCGGACAUGCACGCUGUCAGGAGGCGCUUUUCGUUUAGCCACGCCAUGAGUAUUCAUCUCAACCUCAUCGGCAUUUUUGGCAUGGUGUGGUACGGGGUGAGACUAGCUGACAAGCUGAACAUUGAGAUGGACUGA